AUGGGGGUGGGUGCAGCUUUUGUAGAAAUAGAUUGUAACAAUAGGGUGGUUCAUCAAGCCUAUUACAAACUAGGACCCUUCUGUACGAUAAAUCAGGCAGAGAGUCUGGCCAUCCUCAAAUCCCUGGAGCAUAUUCAGAGGACAAUCAAUAACAGGACCAAAGAAGAAAUAACAAUUAUUAGCGAUAGCAGGGUGGCUCUUCACCAAAUAAAAGCAAUGAACACUAAAUUCAAGCUAAUAAAAGAUAUCAUCCACAUGGUGUCUAAUCUGAAAAGUAAUCACAUCAAAGUACACUUUCAUUGGACAAAAGGGCAUUCUGGAGAAAUAGGUAACGACAAAGCAGACUUUCUGGCAAAGAAAGCUAUAAGUCAUUUAAAUGGUCCAACCUUCUCGCUUGUUCCCUAUAACUGGGUAAAGAACCAGCUCAAAGAAUUCACAAUCAACAGGUGGCAAGAGAGGUGGGCCACGGAGACGACAGGCAGAGUGACCUUCAACUUUUUCCCGGACGUCAAAGGGAGGGAUAAAUUGAGCCACUUCAAUCCUGAUUUUCAUAUUACCCAGUACAUUACUGGUCAUGGUGGCUUCAAACAAUAUCUCAACAGGUUCUUAAACAAAGGGACCAGUAUUUGUGAAUGCCAGGAAGAAGAUGAAACUCCAGAACACAUUUUGUUUACCUGUGUUAAACACGUCACUCAUCGCAAGCAGCUCAAGCAUGUAAUGUAUUCUCAGGGGUUCCACUGGCCCUGUCGAAGUCAGGACUUCCUUACUAACAACAUUACAACAACUGUCUUCAAGACAUUCAUUCUCAAAACAGGGAACACUUUUCCCAACUUUACCUCAGGGACCAUCGCAAGCCAAGAUGGUCUCCGUUCUCCAGUGACAAUAGACUAG